AUGAAUUUCCUCCGCGGAGUAAUGGGAGGUCAGAGUGCCGGACCCCAGCACACUGAAGCCGAGACGAUUCAAAAACUUUGUGACCGAGUAGCUUCCUCUACUUUAUUAGAUGAUCGAAGAAAUGCUGUCCGCGCUCUCAAAUCACUAUCUAAGAAAUACCGCUUGGAAGUGGGUAUCCAGGCUAUGGAACAUCUUAUCCAUGUUUUACAAACAGACCGGUAAUAAGAUGAAAUUGUUGACUAUCAUUUACUGACUAUAUAUAAUUACAUAAACAGUACAAGUAUACCAGAAGUUUUUGAUUUUGAAGAAGAAAAUUCCACAAGACAAAGUGAUGACUUGGGAAGCCAGUUUACAGAAAUAUUCAUUAAGCAACCAGAAAAUAUCACUCUCCUGCUAUCCUUAUUGGAGGAGUUUGAUUUCCACGUUCGUUGGCCUGGUGUAAAGCUUCUUACUUCUCUUUUAAAACAUCUAGGCCCUCAGGUGCAGCAGAUUAUUUUAGUCAGCCCCAUGGGUGUUUCAAGAUUGAUGGAUUUAUUAGCAGAUUCCAGGGAAGUUAUACGUAAUGAUGGCGUCUUACUACUUCAAGCACUAACAAGAAGUAAUGGUGCAAUCCAGAAAAUUGUUGCUUUUGAGAAUGCUUUUGAGAGACUACUAGACAUUAUUACGGAAGAGGGGAACAGUGAUGGAGGUAUAGUAGUGGAAGAUUGUUUAAUUUUGCUUCAGAACUUGUUGAAAAACAACAAUUCAAAUCAAAAUUUUUUUAAAGAAGGCUCAUAUAUUCAACGUAUGAAACCUUGGUUUGAAGUUGGUGAUGAAAAUUCUGGCUGGUCUGCCCAGAAAGUGACUAACUUGCAUCUGAUGCUACAGCUUGUUCGUGUGCUGGUUGCUCCCACCAACCCUCCUGGUGCUACCAGUAGCUGCCAGAAGGCUAUGUUCCAGUGUGGUUUAUUGCAGCAGCUCUGCACUAUCUUGAUGGCUACUGGGGUUCCUGCUGAUAUCCUGACUGAGACCAUUAAUACUGUAUCAGAAAUUAUUCGAGGAUGCCAAGUAAAUCAAGACUACUUUGCUUCUGUAAAUGCACCUUCAAACCCACCCCGACCAGCAAUUGUGGUACUUCUGAUGUCCAUGGUUAAUGAGAGACAGCCAUUUGUAUUACGCUGUGCUGUUCUCUAUUGUUUCCAGUGCUUCUUAUAUAAAAACCAAAAAGGACAAGGAGAAAUUGUGUCAACACUCUUGCCUUCCACUAUUGAUGCAACAGGUAAUUCAGUCUCAGCUGGCCAGCUAUUAUGUGGAGGUCUGUUUUCUACUGAUUCACUUUCAAACUGGUGUGCUGCUGUGGCCCUUGCCCAUGCUUUGCAAGAAAAUGCUACUCAGAAAGAACAGUUGCUCAGAGUUCAGCUUGCUACAAGUAUCGGCAACCCUCCAGUGUCUUUACUGCAGCAGUGCACCAACAUCCUUUCACAGGGUGAUAAGAUCAACAGACGGGGAAGCAAAAUACAAACAAGAGUUGGAUUACUAAUGUUACUUUGUACCUGGUUAAGCAACUGCCCAAUUGCAGUAACUCAUUUCCUUCACAAUUCAGCCAACGUUCCAUUUCUUACAGGACAAAUUGCAGAAAAUCUUGGAGAGGAAGAACAAUUAGUCCAAGGCUUAUGUGCCCUUUUGUUGGGCAUUUCCAUUUACUUCAAUGAUAACUCACUUGAAAACUACAUGAAAGAGAAACUAAAACAACUUAUAGAGAAGAGGAUUGGAAAGGAGAAUUUCAUAGAGAAAUUAGGAUUUAUUAGCAAACAUGAGUUAUAUUCCAGAGCCUCUCAGAAACCCCAGCCAAAUUUUCCCAGUCCAGAAUACAUGAUAUUUGAUCAUGAGUUUACGAAGCUGGUAAAAGAACUUGAAGGUGUUAUAACUAAGGCUAUUUAUAAGUCCAGUGAAGAAGAUAAGAAAGAAGAAGAGGUGAAGAAAACAUUAGAACAGCAUGACAAUAUUGUGACUCACUACAAAAAUAUGAUUCGAGAGCAGUCAGCACUAAUGGAAACAGUAGUCAGUAUAUCAAAAAGACUUUUUAAUGUGCUAAAGAAUAAAUUAGGAAAAGACAGUUCACAUCUAGGGUCUCAUAAUAAUGGGAAUCAGAUGAAUGGCAUUCAGCCAGAAGAAAUUGGAAGGUUACGUGAAGAAGUAAAAGAAUUAAAAAAUAAUCAGGAACUUUUACAAAGUCUGCUGGCUGAAAAGGACUCUUUGAUUGAAAAUUUGAAAUCUUCCCAAACAUCACCUGGAACAAAUGAACAGUCUUCAGCAACACCUUUAGCUGGAGACUCUGAGAAAGUUAAUGAAUUAAAACAGGAAUUGGCAACAUUAAAGUCUCAGUUAAACUCACAGUCUGCGGAGAUCAUAAAACUACAGGCAGAAAAGCAGGAGCUGUUAGAAAUAACAGAAUCAUCUGUCAAAUCAAUUCCUGUAUCGGGAGAGAGUCAAACAGUCGCCGCUGCAAAAACCACUGAUGUAGAAGGUAGACUGUCAGCAUUAUUGCAGGAGACGAAAGAAUUGAAGAAUGAAAUUAAAGCUCUGUCUGAGGAAAGAACUACUAUAAAAGACCAGCUGGAUUCUUCUAACAAUACCAUUGCCAUUUUACAAAAUGAGAAAAACAAACUCGAGGUGGAAAUCACAGAUUCCAAAAAAGAGCAAGAUGAUCUCUUGGUGCUGUUGGCAGAUCAAGAUCAGAAAAUACUUUCACUGAAGAACAAACUCAAGGAAUUUGGUCAUUCAAUUGAAGAAGAGGAUGAGAUGGAAUCUGGAGACCAAGGUGAUGAGGAUGAUGAUGAUGACGAUGAAGAUGAAGAUGAUCUGGAAGGCGAGGAUCAUAUCCAGCUUAAUCUCUUGAAAUGA